AUGGUGCACUGGCCACUCGUGUACGGAGUGGCUGCAGCAGUGUAUGCAGGGCACCAAGUUCAGGCCGUGCCCAUUGAGAAUGACAAGUCCGACGUUUACGCAGAGAUCGUCAUUAUGAACGAAGCCUUUCCGGGGGUCGGGACGUACCUGUCAAGUAAAAGUCAUCCCACGGAAGAGUCAUCGUUCACUAGUUCCGCCGUCACUAAUCCGAUUGAGGCACCAGUCCCCGAACUGUUCGACCCUGCUCAAGUCCAACCUGCGGUGUUAGGACGUCGUCGACUCGAAGGGACCAAGAGUCACGACAUGAUGAAGCUUGAGAAGUUCUUCGGUCUUGAUCUCGAAACGGACAUCACGGUCCUUCCCACCAGGUGCCAGCUCGACCCGGUUCCGUGGCCAAGCAGCUACUGGCCAACGUACAUGGACAGCGUCAACUACCGGUGGAAAACGAACCAACCGAGUCCCGCGGAGAAGUACGCGAAUGCUUUUGGCCAUGAUGCCAAGGCUUUGAUGGACAAGAUCUCAUUCAAGGACGGCGUCGACAAGCAUAAACAUCGCAAGAAAUGCUUGCACAAAAGAGACUGCAAGGAGCUCAAGGACGGCAGCGAGUGUGGCAAGCGGUAUGGCCAGAAGACAGGCUACUGCAUUCCGAAUUGGUUCGGUAUUUGCCAUGCGUGGGCAUCUGCUGCGAUCCUCGAGCCGGAGCCAAGAUGUGUCGUCGUGCACAAUGGCACGAAAUUUGAGCCAUACGACAUCAAGGCCCUUCUCACCGUGACUUACGAUGGGGCAAGGAUCCCGACCAUCUUCUUGGGCUCUCGGUUCAACGGCAACGAUGUGACUUCGAACAUCACGGACGAGUACGGCCGUUUCACCGACGACCGUCGUCGCGACAUUAGUCCCGGUUUCUUCCACAUUGCUGUGACCAACAUCAUGGGCCGCUUCAACUCGAGCUUCGUCAUCGACCAUACCGCCGGCAACGCGGUGUGGAAUCAGCCCGUGCGUGGCUACGAGAUUGUUCGUCUCGCGUGGACGACACCUGAUGCUGCGGCUAAGAAGUACUUUAACGUGGAUAAGUACCCGUUCAAUGACGCCGCAACUAAGAUUGCUGUGGUCACCACGCGCUUUUACUGGGUCGUCGAGUCCGGCGAAAAUGGUCCCCUUUGCUCUACUGGUCGCAUCGACAAAUUCACGACCAAAGUCGACUAUGACUACGUCCUCGAGACCGACGAGACGUACCAGAUUUUGGGCGGGGAGUGGCUCUCUGGCUCGAAGGCCAACCACAUCGAUUUCAUGUGGAUCCCUGCCAGAAAGCCUACCAACACGACUGUCACGGCGUUCGGUAUGGUGUACUCGGAGGUUGAGCAGCUGAUUAUCGAGUCUACCCGCCCCGGCUGCGAGUCAUUGCCUGUCACAAAUUCAACAGCUGUGGAUCACUCGAGCCAAGGGGGAGCUUCCAGUGCAUCUGCGGCGUCGUCUGGAUCUGCCGCGGAUGAGCCUACCCCGGGCGCGUCGUCGAACAGCUUAACGUCUUCAAGUGACUCGGACGACUUGACAGGAUCUGCUUCCGACGACUUGACAGGAUCUGCUUCCGACGACUUGCCAAGAUCUGCUUCCGACGACUUGCUAGGAUCUGCUUCCGACGACUUGCCAAGAUCUGCUUCCGGCGAGUCGUCCCGUCUUGCCCCCGCUGGUAACGCCACGCAACCUGUAUCUGCUGGAAUGACUGCUGCCCCUGCUGAUAAUACCACGGAACCUGUACCUGCUGGAACGCCUGCUGCCCCUGCUGGUACAACGACGGAACCUGUACCUGCUGGAACGUCUGCUGCCCCUGCUGGUAAUACCACUUCACCUGCCAAAGCGAUUGCUGCCAUGAUAGACUCGCUUCCAGCUUCUUAG